AUGUCAAGUGAUGCAAUUGAUGGCAUAAUAACAAAGGCAGAAACAAAGAAAACCAAAGAAUCCACUAAAUGGGCACUCCGAGUUUUUGAAGGUGAGUUUUUUAUUGUAAAAAUAUAAUAAAUACAAUAUGAAAACCUCGAAAAAGGUGUGCGCUAUUUGCUAAAAUUUUUCGCAAAAACGAUUAAAAUAAGUGGAUGAAUUAGCUGGCGCACACACGUUUACAACCAACAACAACAUAUUUUUCUCAAAAACGUACACUAAAACACAAAUAAAAAUAAUUUUUCAUAACUCAUGCCAGUUUAUGCCGUUUUCUUUUAAUAGCUUGGUGUACUGAAAAAAGGCUUUCGAAGAACCUCCACGAAAUGAGCAAGAAAGAGCUUGACAAAAACCUCCGCUACUUUUACGCAGAAGCAAGAACAAGAGGUGGUGCAUUAUAUUCAAGAUCGUCCCUCCUUGGAUUGCGAAAUGCGAACGAAAGAUAUCUCAACAACCCACCAUUUAAUAGAGGGAUUUCAAUCACCAAAGGGACCGAAUUCCAAUCAUCAAACAAACUCCUGCAGAGUAUGAUAAAGUUAAACAAACGCGAGCACAAAAUACAAACCUCCCAUUCCAGCAGCAGACCUUCAAAAGUUAAAGUCGUCAAAUACAAUCCGGGGAGACAGUCCUUUGGGUCUUCUACGAAAUGUCUGGCUUAA